AAACCACAAACAACACACCUACACAAAAGAACCCCUUCUUUCUUAGGCUCAAUCUCACAUCUCAAAUCUCUAUACUUUUAAUCCCAACAUAAAAAAUUAUUGGUCUUUGAGUGAUAAUCUGGGUUUUGAGUGAGACCCACAUUGAGUCAUCAGCUAAAGUGAUAGAUAGCAGCAAAUAGCUUCAAAGAUCUGAGCUUUACUUUUUAUCUCUGAGUCUCUGUCCGUGUGAGUGAGCUAAGAAAGUGAGGAAGACAAUGGUGAUGAACUACAAGCACAAGCGGUGGAUAGUCAAGUCUGCAAUUGCAAUCUUGUUAAUGGGUCUUGUCUUUUGUCUCUUUCUCUCUGAUUCCACAGAGUAUGAACCUGGAUUACAACAACAACCCCAUUUUCCUGAGAAGAGUCUGGAUUCAGGGCAACCAAUCUCAGUCCCUGAAGAUGAAGAUCAGGAUGAGAUUCCUUUACCCAAGAAAGCUGUGUCUUCAGAGCCACCAAUUUCUGGGGAAGAAGAUCGGGAUCGGAUUAAGCCUCCCAAUAAAGGAAAAUGUAAUCUUUUCGUUGGGGAUUGGAUUCCAAAUACUUCUGGUCCAAUUUACAAUGAGAGCUGCCCCUCAAUUGAAAGUCCCCAGAAUUGUAUGAAGAAUGGGCGGCCUGAUACAGGGUUUCUGUACUGGAAGUGGAGUCCACGAGAUUGUUCAAUACCAAAGUUUGAGCCAGAGAAGUUUAUUGAAAUGAUGAGGAAUAAGCAUUGGGCAUUGAUUGGUGAUUCCAUUACUCGUAACCAUGUUCAGUCGUUGCUGUGCAUGCUCUCCACGGUUGAACGACCCAUUCAAGUAUACCAUGACAAGGAGUAUAGGUCCAGAAGAUGGCACUUCCCCUCUUACAAGUUUACCACCUCAGUUAUUUGGUCCCCUUUCCUUGUAAAAGCGGCUAUCUAUGAAGACCAGAAUGGUGUUUCAACACAUGAAGUUGAGCUUCAUCUUGACAAGCUUGAUGAUAAAUGGAUAGAUCAAUUCCAAAAUUUUGAUUACAUGAUCAUUUCAACUGGGAAAUGGUUUCUCAAAUCUGCAAUCUACUAUGAGAACAAUGAAGCGUUGGGAUGCCAUUACUGUUCUCAAAGGAAUCUGACAGAGCUGGGAUUUGAUUUUGCUUAUCGCAAAACCCUGAGAUAUGUGAUGAACACUUUAGUUGCAUCUAAUCACAAGGGGAUGAUCUUUUUCAGAACAUCCACACCUGAUCACUUUGAGAAUGGGGAGUGGAAUACUGGGGGAACUUGCACGAAAACAGCCCCAGUUAAAGAAGGUGAGAUGGAAUUGAAGGAGGUACAAAAGAUUCUGCGUGAGAUUGAAUUAGAGGAGUUUGAGAAGGCAGCUACAAAAGCUUCUAGAAACGGGGUGAAUCUCAAACUCCUUGACAUGGUCUCACUUUCUUUGAUGAGGCCUGAUGGUCAUCCUGGUCCAUACAGACAGUAUCAUCCAUUCGAACAUAGCAAAUACGCUAAGGUUCAGACUGAUUGUUUGCAUUGGUGCUUACCAGGACCUAUAGACUCUUGGAAUGAUAUACUAAUGGAAAUGGUGGUAAAUGGCUAAAAUCAGGCCAGUUCUAUGCCUGCAUUCGUUAUUUCCCUUUUACAUCAUGGAAGCCUAUGCUGGGAUUCUGGUAAUGUUUCUUGCAGAAGUUUGUGAUAGUCAUAAAUUCCAUACUCCCCUGUGUAUACUACAAUUAUUCACUCUCCUCCCGACAAACAGGUAAUCUUUCCCAGCUGCAUCUUUACUGGUGUGAACUGGCCUGUCAUUGAGUUUCAUAUCUAGGCACAAAGAAUAGUAUACUGCAAAAAGAUUCAUGAUGUUGUAUUAACUGUAAUCUCUAUUGUGAGAGCUCACAGUUCUAGUGCCAAAGCACUUACCUGAACACCGACGAAGAAUUUUUCAACUCUUGUACUCCCUCUUCUCUAGGUUUUAUUAGGCCUGUUUUGAAAACCGGAAAAUUGUAAUCUCUGUCAUUCUUAUAUAUGAUGUAGACUUUGAAUUGUUGUAUUCCUUAAUCAGUUCCUCUA